AUGACUAUGUUAUUUUCUUUACACCUGCUCUUUGUGGAUACAACACUUGGACUUCUGAGCUACACUGCUAUACGACACAUUCCCUUGGGUUUUGAAAAGUGGUACAAAUCAAUUGGCGUCGUUGCCCGGGAGCAACUUGUCAAAGAGUACAGAGAUCCCCUUGGUCGGAGGUCUGCUGGUUAUGUGAAAUUCUUCACAUAUGACCCUGAUGAUGCCUUAGAAUUUUUGGAUGAAAUUGCUGAAAAAGCUCAUCAAUGGAUUGUUCUCAGUCCAGUUGAGACCAUUGAUCGGUCAAGAAUUGCCACAUCUUCUACUAAUAAAGGAAUUUAUCAAUUAAAAGAGGAAGAUGAUUGGAAAUUGAAAUAUGAGGCCUUCUUUGAGCAAUACUCUUCAAGCAUUUAUGCAGGAACAGCAGAAGCAAAAUCAAAGUUAGGUCUUGGUGAAUUGAACCCCACAACAAUGAAGUUGCAACUUGCUGAUCGUUCUGUUGAUAAAUGGAGGCCAAGGUUUGAGAAGCUUCCACCUCGGAAGGAAAAGACAUUGCCAUCAAAUGUGGAAGUUCCUAAGCUAGAAUUGAAGCCUACCCACAUGACUUAA